AUGAAGCCAUUACGUUCCUGUGAUACUUUCGUUGUUCUACCACCAUUAACAAAACAUGGAGUUAUAUUCGGAAAAAAUUCCGACAGGCCUCAAGACGAAGUACAGGAAGUAGUGUACAUUCCGGCUACUGAUACUUCUGGUUCAAUAAAGUGUACUUACAUUGAAGUGGAGUCAGCAGGGCCUACUAAAUCCGUUAUAUUAAGCAAACCAAAUUGGAUGUGGGGCGCCGAGAUGGGGGCAAACGAAUGUGGUGUGGUAAUUGGCAACGAAGCUAUAUGGACUAAUGACAAUGAAGGAGACCACGAUCCUAAAAUAAAGAGGCUUCUCGGAAUGGAUUUACUCAGACUGGGUUUGGAAAGAAGUUCUUCAGCUACUGAAGCAUUAGAUGUUAUCACUCAAUUAUUGGAGAAGUACGGCCAAGGAGGUCCUUGCUCUAAAUCGGAUCCAACAUUGGUUUACCAUAAUUCAUUUAUUAUUGCUGAUGCUAAAAUCGCCUGGGUUCUGGAAACAUCUGGAAAGCACUGGGUUGCUGAACAAAUAGAUAGCGGCUUUAGAAAUAUAUCUAAUGCUAUAACCAUAACAACUAAAAUAGAUAGACAUUCAAAUGGGAUACAAGAGUAUGCUAAGUCACAAGGCCUUUGGAAUGGUCAGGGCGAAUUCAACUUCAGGGAAGUAUUUAGCGGAGAAACCAAACCAUAUGGUAGUAGAUUCAUUGCUGGGAAAAACCUUCUAGAAAGCCUUACAGCCUCAGGAAACUUUAAAGAAGUAGAUAUGUUUAAAAUUCUGCGUGAUAUCGAAUCUGGAAUUUGUAUGAAGGAAGAUGGUAUUGGGAGUGUAACACAAGGAAGCCAGGUUUCUGUAAUUUCGAACACGGUUCCAAGUGUCCAUUGGUUUACAGCUACGCCUGAUCCAUCGAUAUCUGUGUUUAAACCAUUUGUAUUUACACCAAGAGCAGUUAUUUCUAAACAUACCACAUGCUCUUCAGCUGAUGAACCGCACACUUUAUACACUUUGAAAUCCUCUGCAAUGCAGAAGAGCAACAAAGAGGAGGUUCUGGAGCUGCUCAGAAACAUGGAAAUCGAAUGUGUUAAAGAACUCGAUACGGUCAUCGAGAGAAUCGGAGACGAUUUAUCAGAACUCGAUGAAUUACUUAAAGAUUGCGUUGAAACCGAAGUAAAAUUUUAUCGCUAA